AGUACGCCUCUCAGACUUCCUUUCGGGCUUCUAGUGUUGCUUUCUGCCAGGCCGUGUCCCAGACCUAACCCGUCACCACUCCAGGCCUUCCCAUCCUUCCCUCCUCUUCACCUAGGUCCAGCCCACACACCCCAAGGAAUUCUGUUCAAGAUGGAUGACGUCUAAUCCUAAACCAAUUAAGAAUGCUAAUCUACAAACCAGAUAUGCAAACUGCUCCCUAAUCUGGGGAGAACAGACUGAGUGGCCCAAGGACCCUGGGGAGAAUGUAGUUUCACAGGGACAUUUGCAUUUACCACAUCCUGAAGGUCGGUGUUCUUUUCCUGAUGUCCCUCCCCAUUCUGCCUUAAACUGGGUGACCAGCCCCGGCACAGCAGGAGUCCAAUGGGCUGAGGACAAAAGAAAGCUACUACUUUCUCAUCGCCUUCCAUCUGGUGGACCUGGGCCUAAUCCCUGGGAUAAGGAUGGUGGGUGCAAAGGCAGUCACAAGCCCCAGCACCUCCCUCCACCUGGCACAGCAACGCAGCGGAGUCAGCAGUGUCACAGUGAGUCUUCCCUUCUAUCAGGUGCUCUGCUGUGGGCCUGCUCCCUGUACCUGCUGCUGCCAUUCUAGGUGGCCCCCUCUCACGGAGUCUCCUUGUAGCCGCCUGUUCUACAUCCUCCAUGUGGGGACCUCAGCAGUCUGCUGCCUCCUGCUGUCAAGGAUGGUAGUGGAAAGAGUCUGGGGCAAGGCAUAUCAGAUCCAGAUGCCCUCAGGGCUGUGUGCCCAUCUGUUUGGCCACUCUCACUGCCCAGUGCUCAGCGGCUCUGGGGCUGUAUACUGAGUAUGUGCAGGAACUGCCACCUUCCACCUGCUGCAGGCAGUGCUGUUGGUCGACCUCCACUCCCCCACCAGCCUGAGAGCACAGCUGCAUAAGAGCUUCUGGCUCCUCAAGCUGCUGUUCCUGCUAGGUCUCUGUGCUGUUGCCUUCCGCAUGCCUGAUGAAUAUCUCUUCCCAGCCUGGCAUUACAUUGGCAUCUGUAAAGGCUUCACAUUCAUCCUGCUGCAGUUGGUGCUUUUUACAGCCGUUGCCCAUUCCUGGAACAAGAACUGACAAACAGAUGCAGCCCAAGACUGCCGCUAUUUCCUAGCUGUGCUGCUGACCACCCUAGGAUUCUACAGCAUGGCAGUCAUAGCAGCUGUGCUGCUGUUCCACUACUACACACACCCAGAUGGCUGCCUGCUCAACAAGAUGCUGCUUAGUCUGCACUGUUGCUGUGGUCUCCUCUCCUUCCUCUCCAUCGCUCCCUGCAUCUGCCUCAAGCAGCUCCACUCUGGCCUUCUACCAGCCUCUGUCAACAGCUGCUAUAUCAUGUACCUUACAUUCUCUGUGCCGUCCAGCGGUCCUCCAGAGAGUGUAAUCCUUCAAGGACAGAAUCAUCUGUGCCUGCCUGGCCUGAGUAAAAUGGAACCCCAAACACCAGAUACUUCUCUGGCAGUGUUGAGUGCUGGCAUCAUGUAUGCUUGUGUGCUUUUUGCUUGCAAUGAGGCUUCCUACCUUGCUGAGGUUUUUGGGCCCUUGUGGACUGAAAAGGUUUACAGCUAUGUUUUACAAAAGUCCUCACUCUGUUUCUGCUGCCCUGAAACAGUGGAGCCAGAGUAAGGGCAAAGAGGUGGGGCUGCCAGGCCAGCUAACCAAGAGACCGCUCCAGCUCCUCCAGUGCAAGCCCAGCAGCUUUCCUAUAGCUAUUCUGCCUUCCACUUCGUCUUCUUCCUUGCAUCACUCUACGUCAUGGUUACCCUCACCAACUGGUUCAGCUAUGAGGUAGCGGAAAUGGAAAAGACUUUCACCACGGGUAGCUGGACUACCUUCUGGGUCAAGGUUGCCUCAUGCUAGGCCUGUGUACUCCUCUAUCUGGGGCUGCUACUGGCACCAUUCUGUUGGUCCCCAACCCAGGACCCCCAGCCUCCUCUUAUCUUCAGGUGACACUGUCAUAGCAUCAUAUUGCCAGAUAACAAAUAUCCAGUCUAGGUACUUUUAACAAACUGGGGCUCCCUUCAAGUUGUACCCCUAGUGUUGACUCACAGGAGCUGUCCAGCCCAACAAAUACCUCAAGGACAUAAUGGGUAGUUACCUCCCUUUAGGCUAAAGUCAGUGGUAUGUCUGACUUGAAAAAAGUGGCCAU